AUGUUUGGCGACGACUUGCGGGCGCCCCCCGCCAUCAAGGACGACGGCGUGAUGCGGCGGACACGGCUGAUCCUGUUGCUGCGGUGGUUCCGGUCGGACACGCUGGCGCCGCCGCUGCCGCCGCCGCCGCCGGUGCUGGCGCCGCCCUUGCCAGUGGAAGUCACCCCUGACCCCGAAUACAGCCCCGAUAUCCCGCCUACCGAGCCUGUGGGGGAACCGCUCGCUCAACCGCAGACGAAUAAGCCGCCGUUGGUCAAGCUCCGGUCGUUUUUCCGCAUGUCCCAGCCCCCCGAGCCAUUCCCGUCAGUUGACGAUAAUGGCGACAAUCUCGCGGCAAACGAAGCCAAUAUAGCGACGCCACGGGCUCCGAGUGUCCCUAACAGUAAGCUGAAGCUGCUGGGCCUGGCGCUGGACACUCCCCAAGCCGCUGGAGGUGGUUCGGUCGACCGCCCUCCGCUGGCGCCGCUGGACCCUAGCGAAGACCAGGAUUCGCUGACCCUGUCCCACAACUUUAUAAAAGUCGACAACUUGGUCAAAUUGCUCUUGCGCAAGCGGGCGCUGUCGCUGCCGCUACAACUGCAUAUCUCACCCGAGGGCGAUGGCGAUAACGAGGCGGAGGCAAAGCCAGCGGCGAAACUGCCGCUGCCGCCGAUGCCUCAGUCGCCGCCGAAUCCGAUGGACGCGUCGAGACGCCAGCUGGUCCCGCUUUCAUCGCCAAAAAUAAUGGCGCCGACGGCGCCGUCAGCGCCGCCCUAUGGCGCCAGCGCUGGCUACAGCGCCGGCUAUGGCGCCGGCUAUGGCGCGAACGCCGGCGACGUCGCUUCUGGCCAAGCGGCGCCGGUCCUCUCCCUGACCUAUUUCCAACACCAAGGCGUCCCUCCCCACGCCGAAACCGACCAAUUGGUACCGCCGCGCCAAUACUACGAUAACGGCUCCGGCGUCCAAGUACAAUUGCGCCACCACGACUCCGUCGUCUCCCUAGGCGACGGCGCCGACCUGAACCAGCCGCUGCCGCGCUUGCGCCCUCGUCUGCCAGAGAAGAAGCCGCCGAUGAUCCCCGAGGCGGCCGAAGCGCCGGUGCGCGCCUCCGACGACCUGAUUGGCAUGAGAGCCUAUACUCCCGAAGACCAUCCCACUAGCACCAGUACCAGUGACCAGACGCUCGAGCCACCUGGUGGAUUGGCGCCGCCGCCAGCGCGUACUCCCUUGCAGCGGACGUUGCGACGAGUGGCGCUGGCGCCGUUAGUGCUGAAGCUUCUUAACGACUCUAGCAGUCUGAGCGCCGCCGCCGCUGCUGGAGGCGCUACCGGCGGCACUUCCACCACGGGAGCGCCCACACUUCCUUUCGCCUCGGGCGCUAACGGCGCUAACGGCGCUGCUGACGAACCGUUUGACGUAUCCAAACACAUUGGCGAGAUAUCCGUGCGCCCCAGAACGUAUACCCAGGAAAGAAUGUACCUGACGGCUGCCACCAAAGUGGUUGACGCCCAGGUGGAUAUCGACUGCUUUGAGAAGCUUAGACUAUUGGGUAAAGGCGAUGUCGGCAAAGUGUAUCUUGUAAGAGAGAAAGUGCUGGGCAAAUUGUACGCGAUGAAAGUGCUUUCGAAGAAGGAGAUGGUCGAGCGGAAUAAGAUCAAACGGGCUUUAGCAGAACAGGAAAUCCUCGCAACGCUGAACCACCCUUUCAUUGUCACGUUAUACCACAGUUUCCAGCUGGACGAAGCGCUUUAUUUGUGUAUGGAGUACUGUAUGGGCGGCGAGUUCUUUAGAGCUUUACAAACCAGACAAACUAAGCUGGUGAGUGAGGCUGAUGCUCGGUUUUAUGCCGCUGAAGUCACCGCUGCUUUGGAAUACCUCCAUUUGAUGGGGUUUAUUUACCGUGAUUUGAAACCGGAAAACAUCUUACUCCACCAGCUGGGCCACAUUAUGCUUUCCGAUUUCGAUUUGCUGAAACAACUGGGGCUGGCAAAAUCGCCAGGAAUGGCCGUGGGCCUUAACCAUACUCAAGUGGUGGAUACUCGCGCCUGUGUUGAUGGGUUCCGCACCAACUCCUUUGUCGGUACUGAAGAGUAUAUCGCUCCCGAAGUGAUUAGAGGCAAUGGCCAUACCGUUGCUGUCGACUGGUGGACACUUGGGAUCUUCAUCUACGAGAUGUUAUUUGGUACCACUCCAUUCAAAGGGUCUGACCGUAAACGGACGUUUGCCAACAUCUUGAAAAAGGACCCUAAGUUCUUGGAUACUCAGCUGAUCAGUCACAGUUGUAAGAACUUGAUUAAAAAGCUUUUGAUCAAAGAUGAGGCGAAACGGUUGGGGCUGAAGCUGGGCGCUCUGGAAGUGAAAAACCACCCGUGGUUCAAACUGACCCAAUGGGCGUUGUUAAGACACCAGAAGCCGCCGAUGGUUCCCGUAUUCACCAAACUGACUCGACAAGGACAACCGCAACGCCGUCUCGACGACCUGGAGGACCAAGGAAGAGCGUAUACGCCCCAGGCGGGGUCCGACGACCCGUUUGCCCAGUUCUCGCUGGUGACGCUACACUAUACCGAAGGUGACCACGAGGACGGCGACAUCACCGUGGGGGAUGUCGACGGCGCCCUGGUCCGCUACGUGUAG